GCGACAUCUAUAGACAUAAAUGGGUUGACAGAUUGUUUCUACUACCUAAGCGAUAAAUGCACCAAGGGCCCUGACUGCGCCUUUCGGCACAAUGAACAUGCCAAACGCAAUCGUAAAACC